AUGAACCCAAACUGCAUUUUGGGAAUGCAAGCUGUGCUAAUAACCGCAAGUUACUGCGAACAAGAAUUUAUCAGAAUCGGUUACUACACCAACAACACCUAUGACGAUGAGACUCUCAGAGAAAACCCGCCAGAUGAACCAAAUUUCGACAAAAUGGUGCGAUGUAUAAUAGACCAACCAAGAGUAACCCGCUUCCCAAUACGCUGGGAUUCUGAUGAUCUCGUUGAUGAUGAGGGAAAUAAUCUCAGUUGUCUAAUAAACGAUGCUGAAUCUACUGAUGAAGAGGACGAGUCAAGACAUAGUGAGGAUGAUGAAGAUGAAAAGAAGGAUGAAGGAGACGAAAAAAGUGAAUCUAGCGCUACUGUGAAUGUAACUCAAGGUCCUAGUGGAAAUGUUGCCAGCGCCAGUUGCAGUAUAGAGGGCACUUGUCAACUCCAAAAACCAAGUGAGAGCGAUAUAGAACUUCCAAAGAUCCCCGAUGAGGAGAAAACAGCUGAAAAGGAUGGAAUCAAGGAUCAUACGCAAAUAGAACCAGUGGAGAACGAUGAAAGUAACAAGCGAAAGUUAGAUGAUUCAGAAAUUUCUACAAAGUACGAAUCUUGUUCUACGGAAAAUGUUAAAAGAGUAAUUGACAGUGAUAAAUUUGCCACAAUGGCUACGUGCACAUCAAUAUCUGAUGUAACUACUCUACUUUAG